AUGAAACUCUCACAUCUCCUCUCCAUCCUCAUCCCUCUCUGCCUCCUAGCUUCAGCUAAACCCACAUCCAAAAUCACAACCAAGUCCUCCACCAAGUUCACCCUCAAACCUCCCAAAACCACCACCCCAACACCCUCCCGCUACACCACAAACUGGGCCGGUAUUUAUCUCACCCCCAUCCACAACAUAACAUCCAUCUCCGCCCAUCUCACCAUCCCCGUCGUCUCCCUCCCGCCGAACGCCACAAACGGGUCCUACACCUUCAGCAUGUGGGCUGGCAUCGACGGGUUCCCGCCUACCACCGCCCUGCUCCAAGCUGGCAUAUCAAUCGACCUCAUCAAGUCCGGGAAUAUCACGAGGAAAGCAAUCAGUGUAUUCUGGGAGUGGGUGCCCGGUCCAUACACCGUUAUACCCGCCGCGGAAUUUGCCGUGGAGGAGGGCGACGGGAUGGGGAUAUACAUCUCCACUCGCUCGCCCAGCAAAGCGGUGAUCGUGCUGGUGAACGAGGAUACCGGGCAGAUUUGGACGAAGAAGGUAUUUGCGCCGGCAGGGGGUGAGUUGAGCGGGGAGACGGCGGAGUGGAUCGUUGAAAGGUUGACUGUUAAUGGGAAAUUGGUUACUUGGCCGGAGUUUGGGAGUGUGAGGUUUGAGCGGUGUGUGGCAGGGUGGAGGGGGGGACGGAUGGGGAUUAGACGGGCGGAGGUGGUGGAGAUUGAGGAGGGGGGGAGGAGGUUAGCGAGUGUGAGUGUUGGGGGUGGAGGGGUGGGGGUGAGGUAUCUGGGUGGGUGA